UGCGAACAUUCUAUUUAUCAUUUAAGUAUCGUAUGAACUUUCGAAGAUUGUAUAAAUGAUAUGAAGCUUUCUUUAAAGCCAUUAGAAUGGGGUUUAUAUGCAAAUGAAUAUGCUCUCAUAACUUCAUAUGCUGUUAUCGUUGGAGGAUUGCUUGGUACUUGCUUCCCAUUUCCAAAGUGGCAAUUAUCCAUUUACUCUCUCUUCGUAGGUAUUAUAGUCUUCGUUUUAGAAUACCCUAGAAGUUAUAGAAGUGACUUGAAGUUUGUUGAAAGAAGAUACCAAAAAUACUUUGUUCCUUUUGUUUUACAUCUUGGAUUUUUGGGAAAAAAUUUCUAUGCAAGAUUUGUUUUAUAUUUGGGAUUGUCUGUUCCUUUGUUAUUUCUUCUCCCUACAUUUAUUGGAGGUGUAAGCAUGAUAACAGCAUCUUUAUUCUACUUAAAGGCUGCUAGCUGUGGAUAUGAGUGGAAAGUUGUUUCUUCAAAUGAGCUUACAGAGUGCAGAAAGGAGCCCCUUUUGUGAAAUUAUUAUUUGUGAUAUUAAUUUAAAGUUUCAAUAGCAAACUUUUGUAAGAAUUUUGUUUAAAUUAACUUUUCCCCUCCAAG